AUGCCGAAAGAAGAAGUGAAGGAAAACAGAGAACAAGUAGCGGCAGCGAGUGAAAGAGAUGCUGGUAACGGCGGCGCAGGAGGUGCGGGCGAAAAUGACGGCUUCGAUGAGUGCCCGGAUUUGACGCCCGAAAUACUUAAAAACAUUGCUGAGGCUAGUCUUCUCAGACCCGCGCCACAACUAGGCGGUCGUGGAUUCGAAAAAACCCAGCCACCGUAUGAUACAGUCUUAAUCUGCACAUGGCAUCAUAUUCUAACAACGGCACUUAUCGCAAAAACGCUUGUCCCGCAGUGGUCCGUUGGUAAUCAGAUUCUGAAUCCAGCAGCAUGA